AUGUAUAAGCUAAAACAUAUAAACGCUGUAAAGACCGGUGAUCUUAUUCUAUCGGAAGAACCCUUUGCUUAUGUUUUAUCAUCCAAAGAAAAGGGAAGUCGGUGUGAUUUCUGCUUAGAAAGAGGAAAGGUGUUAAAGUGUUCUGGCUGCCAAUUUGUCCACUACUGUAAUAGAAAUUGUCAAAAAGAUGCCUGGGAAGAUCACAAGUGGGAAUGUGCUAAUUUAAAGAGGAUAGCUCCUAAAACUAUACCCGAUGCAGCUCGCCUUCUCGCCAGGAUUCUGAAUCGUCUUCAACGUGGUAACGGCGGUGCAUAUAAGGCUUAUUAUACACCGACUUCAUUCAGGGUGUGGAAGGAUCUCAUGUCGCAUUAUUCUGAUCUUAAAUCGGACAAGAAAAGGAUGGAUCAUUUCUCUACUUUGUGUAUGGUGCUAUUUGAAUACUUGAAAGACAUCUCAUUGCCUAACACUGUUGAUCUUAUGGGAUUGUAUGGAAGGAUGGUUAUAAAUAGUUUUACAAUAUUGGACAUUGAGAUGAAUUCCAUAGGAACAGGGAUUUAUCUGGCUUCAUCAAUAAUAGACCAUAGUUGCAAUCCAAAUGCUGUAGCUGUCUUCGAUGGAAAGACCAUCAAUAUAAGAGCUUUGAAAGACAUGAAUUGCUUGGAUUGGAAAAAGAUUAGAAUAUCUUACAUAGACCUCAUGAAGACGCCUUACGAACGUCAAAUGGAACUGCGUCAGAGCUACUAUUUCCUGUGCCAGUGUGACAGGUGCUUGGACGAAAACCAUAUAAAAUACGUGCACGCGGCUAAAUGUCUCAAAGCUGGUUGUGAACACCCAGUAAAUAUAAAAUGGCGGGAAAAUUUGAAAUUAGUCGAAAAGGUUCAGAAAGAGAAGGCAAUAGAAAAUGGCGAUAGUGAUAGAAUAGUUAGUAAUGGAUGCAAGGAACCGACGUUUAAUGGAAUUCUGCCACUGCCUGAUGAAUCUGUGUAUUGUGAAAAAUGUGGUACCGAGUUUAUGAGGAAUGAUCUCGAUAAGUUCAUAAAAACCAUGGGGGAAAGUGAAGUCAAUUUGGAGAAUAUGAAAGAGACUUCAGUUGCUUGUAUCCUUUGA